UCCUCCCUCGGUUCAGCCUGGUGUCCACUCAGCCUCCCUCUGUGCCUCCUCAUCAGACCGAAGUCUCUCCUCACCUCAGUCAUCUCCUAAUACCAGCAAACCACCACAGAGAGGACCAGCCUUUCACCUCACUCCAGAAUGCCUUUCGGAGGAGGAAACAAGUGCGGCUGCUGCCAGAAAACCGUCUACUUUGCUGAGGAAGUGCAGUGUGAGGGGAAGAGCUGGCACAAAUCCUGUUUUCGCUGCAUGGUCUGCAAGAAGAACUUAGACAGCACAACAGUGGCCGUCCAUGUGGAUGAGAUUUACUGCAAAUCAUGCUAUGGGAAGAAAUAUGGACCAAAAGGCUACGGCUUCGGAGGUGGAGCCGGCACUCUGAGUAUGGACACAGGAGAGGGACUUGGAAUCAAGCCUGAAGAACAAGCUCCUCAUCGUCCUACAAAUAACCCUAACCUCUCAAAGUUCGCCCAGAAGCCCGGGGGCUCCGACGUGUGUCCUCGAUGUGGGAAAACAGUUUACGCAGCCGAGAAGGUUGUCGGAGGAGGCAAUUCCUGGCAUAAAAGCUGCUUUCGCUGUGCCAAGUGUGGCAAGGGACUCGAGUCCACGACCCUCGCUGAUCGAGAUGGAGAGAUCUUCUGUAAAGGUUGCUACGCAAAGAACUUCGGUCCCAAAGGCUUCGGCUUCGGUCAGGGAGCAGGAGCUCUGGCUCAUUCCCAGUAAAACCUGAAGCUUCGGCCCACAUGGGACCGACAUUGCUCCGAUAUCCUUGCUUCCGGGACCUUUUAGUCAAUAUCCAGCCUAUACUAUUCUGCCUUUUUUUGCUGGAGUGAAUGGGCAAAGAGGAGUGAAAGACGCACACAAAACACAGCUUUUUGUACGAGUUCAAGUAGAUUUUACUCUGUUUUAAUCUGGAUUAUGGUGUCCUAGUGUUUGAAUGCUAAAAGCAAGAUAUCAUGCAAAAUAUUUAAAACACACUAAACUGUAACGAUGCGUUUGGAUGUGCAUGUUGUGUGGGUUUAAAAUGAGAAAAGGAAAAUGAAUUAGGCUCUGGUGUUGCCAUAAUAAGAGACACUUCCACUGCAAUAACAGAUUUUUAUUAACGUCUGAAUCAUUCGUGAGAUCAACGUGUUUGGAGACCGACAGCUGUGAAGAAACAAGCUCACAUCAAGCUUCACUUACACUCAAGAUAAAGCUAUUCUUUCUGCCUCACAUGUCAAACGUUGUACAUACUGUCUGAAGAUGUAGCAAUGUGCUAUUGCUGAGACACAAAAUAAAUAAAUAUCAGCCAAAAAUAUAAGAAAACAA